UUGCUAUGAACCAUGGCCCAACUGUACUACAAAAAAGUCAACUAUUCACCAUACAGAGAUCGUAUCCCCCUGCAAAUUGUGAGGGCUGAGACCGAGCUCUCUGCAGAAGAGAAGGCUUUCCUCAAUGCUGUGGAGAAGGGGGACUAUGCCACUGUGAAACAGGCCCUACAGGAGGCUGAGAUCUACUACAAUGUCAACAUCAACUGCAUGGAUCCUCUGGGCCGGAGUGCCCUGCUCAUCGCCAUUGAAAAUGAGAACUUGGAGAUCAUGGAGCUACUGUUGAACCACAGUGUGUAUGUAGGCGAUGCAUUGCUCUAUGCCAUCCGCAAGGAGGUGGUGGGCGCUGUGGAGCUUCUGCUCAGCUACCGGAGGCCAAGUGGAGAGAAGCAGGUCCCCACCCUCAUGAUGGAUACCCAGUUCUCUGAGUUCACACCAGACAUCACUCCCAUCAUGCUGGCCGCCCACACCAACAACUACGAGAUCAUCAAAUUGCUUGUCCAAAAACGAGUCACUAUCCCACGGCCCCACCAGAUCCGCUGCAACUGCGUGGAGUGUGUGUCCAGUUCAGAGGUGGACAGCCUGCGCCACUCCCGCUCCCGGCUGAACAUCUAUAAAGCUCUAGCAAGCCCCUCGCUCAUUGCCUUGUCAAGUGAGGACCCCAUCCUAACUGCCUUCCGUCUGGGCUGGGAGCUCAAGGAGCUCAGCAAGGUGGAGAAUGAGUUCAAGGCCGAGUAUGAGGAGCUCUCCCAGCAAUGCAAGCUCUUUGCCAAAGACCUGUUGGACCAAGCUCGGAGCUCCCGGGAAUUGGAAAUCAUCCUCAACCAUCGAGAUGACCACAGUGAAGAGCUUGACCCUCAGAAGUACCAUGACCUGGCCAAGCUGAAGGUGGCAAUCAAAUACCACCAGAAAGAGUUUGUUGCUCAGCCCAAUUGCCAACAGUUACUUGCCACCCUGUGGUAUGACGGCUUCCCUGGAUGGCGACGGAAACACUGGGUAGUCAAGCUGCUUACCUGCAUGACCAUUGGGUUCCUGUUUCCCAUGCUGUCUAUAGCUUAUCUGAUCUCACCCAGGAGCAACCUUGGGCUGUUCAUCAAGAAACCCUUUAUCAAGUUUAUCUGCCACACAGCAUCAUAUCUGACCUUCCUCUUCAUGCUUCUCCUGGCUUCUCAGCAUAUCGUCAGGACAGACCUUCAUGUACAGGGGCCUCCCCCAACUGUCGUGGAAUGGAUGAUAUUGCCCUGGGUUCUCGGUUUCAUUUGGGGGGAGAUUAAGGAAAUGUGGGAUGGUGGAUUUACUGAAUAUAUCCAUGACUGGUGGAAUCUGAUGGAUUUUGCAAUGAACUCACUCUACCUGGCAACCAUUUCCUUGAAGAUUGUGGCCUAUGUCAAGUAUAAUGGUUCUCGUCCAAGGGAAGAAUGGGAAAUGUGGCACCCGACCCUGAUUGCAGAAGCACUCUUUGCAAUAUCCAACAUCUUAAGUUCGUUGCGUCUCAUAUCCCUGUUCACAGCCAACUCCCACUUAGGGCCUCUGCAGAUCUCUUUGGGGCGCAUGCUGCUUGAUAUCCUCAAAUUUCUCUUUAUCUACUGCCUAGUACUGCUGGCUUUUGCCAAUGGAUUGAACCAGCUUUACUUUUAUUAUGAGACCAGAGCGAUCGAUGAGCCAAACAACUGCAAGGGAAUCCGAUGUGAGAAACAGAAUAAUGCCUUCUCCACGCUCUUCGAAACCCUCCAGUCUCUCUUCUGGUCUGUCUUCGGCCUUUUAAAUCUCUAUGUCACCAAUGUGAAAGCCAGACAUGAGUUCACAGAGUUUGUGGGAGCUACCAUGUUUGGGACAUACAACGUCAUCUCCCUAGUUGUGCUGCUGAACAUGCUGAUUGCCAUGAUGAACAACUCCUACCAGCUUAUUGCCGAUCAUGCCGAUAUUGAGUGGAAGUUUGCAAGGACAAAACUCUGGAUGAGUUACUUUGAUGAAGGCGGCACCUUGCCACCUCCUUUCAACAUCAUCCCCAGUCCCAAGUCAUUUCUCUACCUUGGUAACUGGUUCAACAACACCUUCUGCCCCAAAAGAGACCCUGAUGGUAGACGGAGAAGGCACAACUUGAGAAGCUUCACAGAACGCCACGCUGACAGCCUGAUACAGAAUCAACAUUAUCAGGAAGUCAUCAGGAAUUUAGUCAAAAGAUAUGUAGCUGCUAUGAUAAGAAAUUCCAAAACAAACGAGGGACUAACAGAAGAAAAUUUUAAGGAAUUAAAGCAGGACAUCUCCAGCUUUCGAUAUGAAGUACUUGACCUCUUAGGAAAUAGGAAGCACUCAAGGAGAAGCUUUUCCACAAGCAGCACUGAACUCUCUCAGAGGGAUGAUACCAAUGAUGGCAGUGGUGGGGCUCGGGCCAAAUCCAAGAGUGUCUCUUUCAACUUAGGCUGCAAGAAAAAGGCCUGCCAUGGGCCACCUCUCAUCAGAACCAUGCCGAGAGCCGGGGGUGCCCAAGGGAAGCCAAAAGCUGAGUCAUCAAGCAAACGGUCCUUCAUGGGUCCUUCUCUCAAGAAACUCGGGCUCCUGUUCUCCAAGUUUAACGGUCAUAUGUCUGAACCCAGUUCCGAGCCAAUGUACACCAUUUCAGAUGGCAUCGCUCAGCAGCAUUAUAUGUGGCAGGACAUCAGAUAUUCUCAGAUGGAGAAAGGGAAAGCAGGGGCCUGCUCUCAAAGCGAAAUUAACCUCAGUGAGGUAGAAUUAGGUGAAGCCCGGGGCGCUGCUGAGAGCAGUGAAUGCCCCCUAGCCUGUUCUAGCUCUCUCCACUGUGCAUCCAGCAUCUGCUCCUCAAAUUCUAAACUUUUAGACUCCUCGGAGGACGUAUUUGAAACUUGGGGAGAGGCUUGCGACCUGCUCAUGCACAAAUGGGGUGAUGGACAGGAAGAACAAGUUACAACGCGGCUCUAAGUCAAACCCCUAUCCCGUUGUGGAACACAAGAGAAAAUUUGUAAUUUCCUUGCUCUCAGAGGUGACAUAGAAUCUGAUUCCCUCAUUGCCCACCCCCCCACCACCACCACCACCAGAAAGGAGAGGGAAACUCCUAGUUAUCUUCACUAUCUUUUAUAGUCACAUUUUCCAUUUUUUUGUUCUUGUUAGUAUGAUUAUUAUUAUUGCUAUGAUUUGCCUUUUUAUGCCUGUUAACUCGAAGUCCAUCUCACAACCAACUGCAGGGGUGUUUGCCCCGAAUCAGCAGAGGUGCAGCCGGGUGCUUUCCCUUUUGGCUUUGCUUUUCUUACCCUUGCUUCCUUGAAGCUCCAGGUGCCACUUUGCUACUGUUGCUGCCACGCAGAUUUCUGACCUUCGUCAGGAUCUCACGCCAUUUCCCCACAGGGCUGCGGGACGAGCUCGGUAGUCCCCACCAGCUAUCAGAUGAGGCUAGCCAACCUGCCCAUCUAUGUCGCCCAUUCCAAUUCGAUGAACAGCAUCAAAGGGAGACUGAACAGACUCCAAAGAAUUGUCAGCUUGUGGUUUCUAGGUAGAACUGGCCUUCUCCUUGUUUUUGUUUUUAAACACAGCGACUUCUCCUUAUCGUGGGGGCUGUUGAGUGUUUUGUUUCUAAAAGAUGUGUUAGUUUCCCAAGAUGUGCCAGUGAAUAUUUACCACGUAGUAUGUGUCCUAUCUAAUAAGUUAGUGAGUUCCUUUCCUGUGUUUGUGUGUUUCAGUUGACUUACUACCUUUCAAAAUGUGAUAGUAUUGAGAUUAGUAUUUAGGACGUGUGCUAUUUUAAGAACUUCUGCUGCACUCUAACCAGUAGUCGCUACAUCUCAUACAUUGGCAAGAAAAAUAGCCGGUACAUAUAUAGGGGCCUAUCUACUGUUGAUAGUUUUAAUCAUCAUUGCUAUCAAAAGCGUUUCUAAGGUGAAAGUCUGGGUUUGAAAAUAUUUUUUUAAUCAGAAAAAUAACAUCUUGCUGAGGUGUUGAAAUCCGAAAAGAGCAUCUU